AUGCUGAACUUCACAGGGCAAACAAAGCGCCGCAAUGUUAACUUGGGAAACAGAUCUGGAAAGUCAAAGCAGGAUCUCUUGAUUAACGCCAAGAUAGAGCGGGAAAAAAGGGCGUUGGCGCGAAGAAAUGAAGAGAAUGCCAUCGUCAUGCAGAGUGCUAUUCGAAAACAUCUUAGCAACAAAAAAACUUUUGGCAUUCUAACGAAAGACAUAACGCGGACUAAAUCACUCAGUUUGGCUAUCGCGUACCCUACCGCGAUACUCAAUAUCAUGGGUUCAGAAGUGCUGUCUAAAGUGUUAACAGGCCUUUCUAACGAUGGAGAUCUUUUGCUUAACUUGCGACUUAUCCGUAUCAUUCCUGAACUAGGAUAUCAGGAGUACUCUAAGGAAUUUCUAAUAAGUGUGCUUUCACGAUUGUCUCCUUUAAACCAACUCCAAAAGGAAUUUGUUGACGCGGUCGUCGUCUUCUUGGAGACUGCUUGCUACGAUCUACCCAAAGAAGUUCUGAUUAAAGUUGUUCAACUGAUCAAGGCCUUUGGCGCUGAUCAAACUCAAUAUGUUGCAUCCGUUUAUGGCGUUUCAAUGCAGCAUGCAAGAAACAGCAACAACAUUAGACGCUUUCUACAGUGCUUAGGGCCUCAGUGUUCCCCUAGAUUCCUGCCUACAGACGCAGUAAGCAGCAAUUUGGUAGAAAACCUCGCAUAUAUUCUCAACUCAACAGAAAACAUUGAUAGCGCGGCUUAUUGCCAUCAAGUUCUUCUUUGUGUAUCGAACAUGGAACUGGGGUCCUUGUCGGGCUGCGAGAACUUUGGCAAGCUUUACAAUAGAGAAUUUGUGGACUUUAUAACAAGUUCGGAUUCUGAACAACUUUUCGAUAAGAUGAGCGUUUUCGUGAAGCACGCUCCUAGCGUUGAGAGCAGGAAUAACAUUUUGGUAUCGCUGAUUGCGAAACCCGGUUUCCUAAUGAAAUCACACCAGCAAGCCCUGGGAGCGACUACUAACAGCACAGCAGCAUCCAAGAAGAUUUAUCUUUUAGUUGAACUUCUCAAUGUUUUCUUGUCAGUUGCCAGCGACUUUGAAAUACUAAGAAACACUGAUGUAUUUCCACUUGAACUUUUGAGAAGAACCACGGACUUCUUAAAAAUGAUUUGCUUCGAGAGCAUGUGGAAUGAAAGUGGGCCAUGGCAAGAGCUCCCUGAUUCAUUUUUGAACACGCUUAAAAAGAUCCACUUACGGGACUCCAGGCUCCAUUUUUGCUCACGUAAAAAGGAUGCAGACUAUUGGAGUAUAAGCGAUGGGGAAUUCUUGAACGUUAACAUUACCAAAUACAUCGAAGAUUACGAGGCAUUCUACAGAGAAAAAUUACAUUCAUCACAAAGUGAAGAAGAUGAGGCAGAGAACUUCAACCUGCUUGAAAGAAAAAGGGACAUACGGCAGGAGUUUUUAUCUCACCUGGAGCUUUCGUUCUCUAACCGCCCAUCUACACGACAGUUUCGUAAACUUGGCAUCCUAACAAAGGCACCCUUUUUUAUUCCUUUCCGUCAGAGAGUUGAGUGGCUUUAUUUUCUUAUAUCGCUAGAUCGCAAGCGUUUGGCACUCGAGUCAAAUGGCAUGGGAGGCCUUUUUCCCGCUUGGAAUUCCGGCUCCGGUUCUGAUAAACAGAAUGCAACUAUAUCUCGUGAGCAUCUGUUAGAAGACGCGUACAAUGCAUACAACCCUAUCGGCGAAAGCUUCAAGUCUAAACUCUCAAUUACCUUUGUUAAUGAGUUCGGCCCAGAGGCCGGUAUUGAUGGCGGCGGAAUCACGAAGGAAUUUCUUACGAGUGUUACGGGCGAAGCUUUCAAGAUUGAUAAACACAAACUAUUCAGGAGCAAUAACAAUCAUGAAAUAUACCCAACAAGCAACUUGACAAGUGCUCAAAGUGUGAAGUUUUUGUGGUUCCUUGGCAAAGUCCUCGGCAAGUGCCUGUACGACCAUGUUUUGAUAAAUGUGACCUUCGCAGACUUCUUCUUGAAGAAACUGCUAAAUGUCAACAAUGCUAACUCAUCUUUUGAUGACUUAGCUAGCUUAGAUUCGGAGUUAUAUUCCAACCUUGCAAAGCUAUCGGAAAUGAACGCGGAGCAAUUGCAGUCGCUGGGACUUCGGUUUGAAGUGACGGACGAAGACACGCUUGAAGCUGUGGACUUAAUGCCAAGUUGUCCCGCUUCAUUUGUCACUAAAUCCAACGUUUUGCAGUACCUUUUGGCGGUAGCUGAUUAUAAACUGAAUCGCAAGCUAAAAACGGGGUCUCGAGCCUUCGCUGGAGGACUCUAUACGAUGAUACCUCCUCAUUGGAUAGAAAUGUUCAACUCGGUGGAGCUUCAAAUGCUGAUAUCUGGAGGCGACAAAGACAUAGAUUUAGCGGACCUCCGCAAGCAUACUGAAUACGGCGAUUACAGUGAACAGCACCAAACUGUGCGCGAUUUUUGGGAAAUAUUAGAGGAAUGCACCGCAGAAGAGCGUUUAAAGUUCAUCAAAUUUGUGACUUCAGUCCCCAGGGCUCCACUUCAAGGCUUUGGCUCUCUCAACCCGCUCUUUGGAAUUAGAAACGCGGGCAGAGAAACUGCUCGUUUGCCUACAGCAUCUACAUGCGUCAAUCUUUUGAAGCUCCCUGACUAUAGAAAUAAACAGCUUUUGAAGACCAAGCUACUUUAUGCCAUCAAUGCAGAGGCCAGAUUUGACCUUUCGUAG